GUCAUGAACUGACAGAGAUAAGAGAACGAUCUCUGAAGACUAUUCUGUUUAAAUUAGAUCAUAACUUGAUUUCAUAUGCAGAUCUAGUCCAUGAAAAAGUGCUUUUCCUUAAUCUUUUGGAAUGGUUCAAUUUUCCAGUUGUACCAAUAAAAGAGGAAGUACUAAAUUUUGUGAACAGUCUGAUCAAGCAUCCACCUGCUGCUCAGAGAAUGGUUGAAAUUGGUGCAGUGGAAUUCUUCUCUCAGCUUCGCCCCAGUGUGGAUCCAAACUUGCAGGCCAUAAUUGAUGGGAUUCUGGAUGGACUGUUCUUCCUUCCUUCUGGACUUCCUUCUAGUUCUUUAUCUGUACAUUAUGAAACUCAGUCUCAGCCUCCAGAAGUAUUCACUGGAUAUUUUUGUCAAGGUAGAAGUCAUGUGCCGCAGUUAGAAAUACCUCCCAAAAGAACAGCUGGUAUGUGUAUGAAAUGCUUGAAGUUUUCCACAUUUCCUUGGCUAACUCUGACUUCAACAGAUAGACAUGUUCUUUCAUCAAAUGAAAGCUCUUUGAGAAGUAACAACCAAAGUUUAAUUUGGAGUACGUGUGAGCUUCUUCAGGAUGUGAUUAUGCAAGAUUUUCCUAACUUCCUUCAAAGGCCAAAGAUUGUACAGAGCCUUUUAUCUUUGCUAAACCUGGCUUUUGGGGGAGAUGGAAGACAUCGGUUAGCUUUGCAGGCCGUGUCAUGCCUGCAACAGUUGUGCAUCUUCCUGAGAAGCAGACUUAACUUUCACAGAGAUCCAAGCUUUUUUUCCACAGAGCAAGGCACAGCUUCCCAAAAUUCAUCUAUAUCUUACUGUCAAGAAGCAAGAGUUCCUCCUCGUUCUCAGAAUCUAUCACCUGGAAGUAGUAGCCCCCGGCCAUCUGUGAUUGGACGUACUGUUCAGCGUCCUAGAGGAGAUGGUCAAGAUUGGGAUGCAGCAUCUUCCAGUGGAAACAGUACUCAAGCAAAUGCAAACUCCAGAAUCUCUCUGCAUUCCCCACUUGAUGUAGCACAUAUUGACCUACCAGUUAUUGAAUAUGAGGACACUUUGGAAUUACAGAUGAAGCAGCUUAGCCUUCCUCAGUUCUGUGUUUCCAUCUUGGAAAAUGCAAUACCUCUUCUAAGAACAGGCAGUAAGAGAGUGACUAUGGAAGUUCUUGAAUUGCUUGUUGAAGACAUGUUCCUUAUUGGUGAUGCUAUUUCUGAAAAUGUUUGGGAAGAUGAUAGCCUUUUUGCUUUGGAGUUGAGAGACAAAUUACUUCUGGUCUUCGGUUUGCUUGGGGAAACUAUAUUAUAUCACAAAAGCAAUAUAAGUGCAGAGCAGCCCGAGGUGAUGUUGGUGCAUCACAGAAUGGCAUUUAUUAGCAUUUCACUCUUCACUGUUAGAUUACUGCAAAUACUUCUCCCUGUGGAAAAGGCGAGUAAAGUUUUACAGAAGAGUUUGCUGAAUGCUUUAUUUAUUCUCUCUCUGGAUGUGUCCUUUUCCUUGGAAUACCCCAGCAUUUACGAAUCCAUUGCAGCCUAUCUGGAGCAGAUGAGUACUGAGAACUACAGCAUUUAUAAACAAGCUUCAGAAGCUGCACAUUCAAUUGAAUGCACUUGUAGCUUUAUGAUUGAAGUUCAUAAGAAGGGUGACAAGAAUCUUUCUGAAUUAGUAGAAUUGGCAGAUCAGGCCUUGAGUAGUCUACCCUACCAUCAACAUUUUCCCUUGCUUCAGGAAUGCAUUCACAUAUGCUCAAAUAUUUGGAAGUCUGCUGAGGCUAACUCAUUGCUCCAGGCUGAGGGUCAGAAGAUGCUUCUCCAUCUGUUGUCUUAUCCUUCGCUGAAUAUAAAAGCUGAAGCCUAUCACUGCUGUUUGGAAGUGGUUAAGGACUGUUUAGGUAUUCCUAAUAUUACUAAGCCUGUGUCUUCAGUCUGCCACGGAAUACAUUUUCUUCUUCAUCCGAAAGUUUUAUAUGAAAUCUGUACGUUUGGCCUUCAGGAAGAUAAGAAUAAGGUGAACUCGACAGCCAAGGCCAUUCUGAUGCAUUUAUUACAGGGACAAUUAGUAAUGGCAGUACUGACUUGGAACAAGUUCAUUGAGGCCCUCCAUCCCGUCAUUCCUGUUUUACAGGGUUAUGCUGACAUAAAAGAUACGCUAGGUAACUGUAUCCUCAAUUUGAGUGACACAAUCUCCGAGAAAGGAGAGGGUAUUCUCCCUAGAACUACUAGACUACGAGCUGCUCUGCGUCUUCUCUUCUCAAAAAAGCAGUUGGUUCGUUCUGUAGCCCUUAAACAUUUGACGUUCCAUCUUUUGAAUGAAGAGGGGGCAAACCUGAAACGCCCGCAUCUGCAUGGUAGUGUGCUUUCCAGCAUUUCAAACUUAUUUGUUAUAGAUAGAGCUAUUGAGCUAAAAUUGGAUGAUAAAACAGAGUCAAUAUUUAAGGUAGAAACUGUUGAAAAGCUGUAUGAUAUCUUGACUUCUGAUGCUGUUGACCUCGUUUUACGAAAGUCUGCAGCUGAGCAGCUAGCAAUCAUUUUAGAAGAUACCAAAAUGCAUGGCAUUGUGAAAAAGUUGGGUAUGAUAGAAAAGAUUCUGGCUUACCUUAAUGACUGUAUACAUGUAGAUGGCAAGCUUAUGGAAUCCAUAGUGUUACCAUGUCUAACACUCUUACGCAAACUUGUGUAUGCUGAUCCAGCUGUUCGUCUGUCCUUAGCACAGCAAUCAUCUUUACUGCUUGCACUAUUCAGAGCUUCCCUGAUAUUCCAAAAUGAUCCUGCUGUUUUAACUGAAACUACAGUAUUGCUUUGUCUUCUGUUGUUUGAUGAAGUAGCAAGAACAGAAAUGUGGGUGGAUGGCAAAACUGAUGAUGAUACUGGCCUCCCUGUCUUCAGUUUACCUGUUGCUAUUGUUAGAAGGUAUCAUCUCCCAGUCAGGAUCACUGCUCAUCAUGUAGUUAGCCCUAAUACUGUUGUGGUGCCAUUGUCUUCUGAGUACUUGACUAUGAAACCUGUGUCAGAUAUGCUUAAGAUGUCUUGGAAUCUGUCUUGGUACCAUGGGAUUGAAAACCUAUUGCAACUGAUAAAUUACGAGAAAGAAGCGGAAAGAUUUUUAGACUCACUAAAACUAUCCUCAGAAGACAUUCUUAUACUCAAGAUAACUCACACCAGCUAUGGACUGCGGGAUUGUCUUAAUUCAAUCAUUCAGGCAGUAUCCCAUAGGGAUGUUAGGGCUGCUCUCAUGAGGCUUAGUUUUUAUGUUCUGAAUGACAGGCUUGCAUUAAAAUGCAAUCCUGGGUCUUGUGGAGCCAUUUUGAAGAGCUUUGUUUGGCAAAAAGCAAUAAACAGGUUUCUCCAGGUGCUUCCAGCUUCUGUGGAGGAUGAGAAGCUUUUAGUAGAUGUCUUAAGAUUUUUAAACAAGUUGCUUAGAGAGCAGAAAUCAAGUUUGGAGUCAGACCAUCUAAAGUGGAUCUUGAAAUCAUUGCUUAAAAAU